AUGGUUCGAUUAAAUGCCCUCGCCCUCGGGGCUCGCAGCUUGCGCAGCCGUCCAGCACCCCGUCUCCGCCAAUUCGGAACUUCCGCCCCCAAAGCCAAAGAAAAUGCCUCAUUCAAAAGCCAACUCUACGAAAGCACCCAGCAACGACUGAAGCGCGAGCGCGCCGAGCAAGAGAAAUUCGCCCAGCUGCAAACCCAAUCCCCAGCCGGCCGCAACGCAGCUCUCAUCUUCGCUCUUGUAUUCUUCUCAACGGGCGCCUACUACCUCGGAUCCCUCAAACCCGCCGCACUCCCCUCAGCCUCGACAACACCACUCUCUGAAGUUGACGCAAUCAAACACAACGUCUCCCCCUCGAACCUGCAAGCCGCAUGGGCGGACUUCGUCGAGAUUCUUGGCUCAGAGAAUGUAUCCACAGCAGCCGGCGACUUGGAGUCGCAUUCCGGCUCGGAUUGGUCUUCGUAUUCUGCCAAGGCCGACGAGAAGCCCUUUUUGAUCCUCUACCCGAGUUCGACAGAAGAGGUAUCGCGCAUUAUGAAAGUUUGCCACCAGCGCGUGAUCCCCGUGACACCGUACUCCGGCGGAACCAGCUUGGAAGGUCACUUUGCGUCGACGAGAGGUGGUGUUUGUAUUGAUUUCCGGCGCAUGGAUAAGAUCUUGCAGUUGCAUAAGCGGGAUUUGGAUGUUGUUGUGCAGCCUGCGCUUGGAUGGGAGGAGUUGAAUGAGGUCAUUGGUGAGGAUGGACUUUUCUUCCCACCUGAUCCAGGUCCUGGAGCGAUGAUUGGUGGUAUGGUGGGGACGGGGUGUUCGGGGACAAAUGCUUACCGAUAUGGAACUAUGCGCGAGUGGGUGUUGUCGCUGACGGUGGUGCUGGCUGAUGGGACUGUUAUUAAGACUCGGCAGCGGCCUCGCAAGUCCAGCGCUGGGUAUGAUCUCACUAAGCUGUUUGUUGGAAGUGAGGGGACACUCGGUCUGGUGACGGAGGCGACGCUGAAGUUGACGGUGAAGCCGCAGAGCCAGAAUGUGGCUGUUGCGAGCUUCGGGACGAUCGCCCACGCUGCUGAAUGUGUGACGAACGUCGUUGAGGCUGGUAUCCCUGUUGCUGGUGUUGAAAUCCUGGAUGAUAUCCAGAUGAAGUGCAUCAACGCCAGCAAGACUACCAGUCGUCAGUGGAAGGAGGCUCCUACUCUGUUCUUCAAGUUCACUGGAACCCCGGCUGCGGUCAAGGAGCAGAUCGGCUUGGUUCAAAAGAUUGUCUCCAGCGCUUCCGGCAAGUCUUUCGAGUUCGCUAAGGGCGAAGCUGAGAUGACUGAGCUCUGGAGUGCCCGCAAGCAAGCACUGUGGAGUGUCAUGGCUAUGAAGAGGACUCCCGACGACCACGUCUGGACCACCGACGUUGCGGUGCCUAUGAGCCGACUGCCUGAUAUUAUGGAGGCUACCAAGGAAGACAUGACGAAGAACGGACUCUUGGCCGGUAUCUGCGGCCACGUUGGGGAUGGAAACUUCCACGCCAUCAUCUUGUUCAACGACAACGAGAAGAAGAAGGCCGAGGGCGUUGUUCACAGAAUGGUGAAGCGCGCAGUGGAGAUGGAAGGCACCGUCACCGGUGAACACGGUGUUGGCCUCGUCAAGCGAGACUACCUCGAGCACGAGUUGGGCGAAACUACAGUGGACGCCAUGCGCCGCCUAAAAUUGGCCCUUGAUCCCCUACGCCUGCUCAACUGCGACAAGGUUGUCCGCACCGAGCAGCCCGCAGCCGGAGAAGUCAAGGAAUGGUAG